GAUAUUCCGGUUAUUACAGAACCAGUGGUGUUUGGUCGGAAGCGCCGGAUAAAAGAAAGGAAAAAGAAGGAAGCGGAGGAAGCAUAUGAAAGGCUAUACGGUGUGGAUCGCAAAACAGCCAGAGUUAUUAUUGAAUGCGCUCGAAAGGAGUAUAACCAUUAUGAGGGGAUGCGAUAUCCGGCGGGCGAUAUCCAACUGGCAAGUCAGUACUGGAUAAAAAGCAAAUACAAAAAUGACUGGUUCACGAUCAAUCCGAUCACUAAGAAGGUGCAGUUUUUCCUCAUAUUUUUUUUUUUUUCAUUUAGCACAAUUUUUCUUCUUGUAAAGUUUUUCCCGAAGCCUUUGCCGUGUCUUCUGCCGAGAGAGCGCUUAACUGAUAAUCCGUUUGGGGAACGAAACAACGAGAAUAGCAGCUAA